AUGGAAGUUAAUCUUCGUACCUCUAUGCAUGUAAAAAAAGUCCUUACUCGAGUUAGAGUUAUAUGUGAAAAGAUCCACUCUCCCCACCCAUUAGGUAUUUUUUAUGGAGAGAACCCUUUUGAUUACUCCUUCAGCCUCAUCUUGUUUGAGAUUAUAUUGAUAAUUUCAAUUUCUCGGAUUAUUCGUAUUCUUUUAAAGCCUCUAAGGCAGCCCAGAAUUAUUUCUGACAUCCUCGGUGGUAUAGUAAUCGGACCUUCCGUUCUCGGACAAUGCCCGACGUUUUCUCGCAUAGUGUUCCCAGAAAAUGCUGUGUAUUUGGUGCAAAAUAUUGGAAUUAUGGGUUUCAUGUUUUUCCUUUUCUUGGCUGGAGUUAAAAUGGAUCUCACCCUGGUUCGAAAAUCAGGAAAGAAACAUGUGUGCAUUGCCUUGAUAGGAGUUUUCAUACCUGUUGCUGUUGUAGCUGUGGUUGGGGCCGUCCUUCGAUCAUCCAUGGAUACAGAACUUGCAAGAGUCUCUGGGAUUGGAGCAGUUGCUGGAGAUUUGGCUUUAACAUCAUUUCCUGUUAUUUACCUUGUCCUUAAAGAGCUAAACUUGCUUAGCUCAGAGGUAGGACGGAUCGCAUUGGCAGUAGCUGUAAUUGCUGAUGCACUUGGUAUUUUUACUAUUGUUGCUUUCGAGGCGUUAAAACAAGCAGAAACUAACGGUCAAAACUCCAUAUGGUAUUUGAUUUCCGUGUUUGCUCUAGGGGCAUUUUUUGUUCUUCCUGUUCGACGACUAAUGAUUUGGAUCGUUAAGAGAACUCCAGAAGGGAAACCAGCAGAACAAGCCUUUGUGAUUUUCAUCUUCUUAGGCGUACUUGUGAUGGGAUUCUUCACUGACCUGUUUGGAAUGGCCAUUGCUAACGGGUCUUUAUGGUUUGGGCUGGUGGUGCCUGAUGGUCCUCCACUAGGAGCUACAAUUGUGGAGAGGAGCGAGACCAUAGUAAUGGAAAUUUUGAUGCCGUUUGCUUUUGCCUUCAUAGGUUUAUGUACCAAUGUGUUUUCCAUGACCAAUUAUGGUUGGUCAAGAUUGGCACCACUCUUUACAAUGUUUAUUAUGGGAUAUAUCUCCAAAGUUAUUGCAGUGUUUUUGGCUGCUGCCUACUUCGAAAUGCCGCUAAAAGAUAGUCUAGCCCUGAGUCUCACUUUGAAUUUGAGAGGCCAACUUGAGCUUUUGAUUUAUAUCCACUGGAUCGAUAAACGGAUCAUCGGAAUACCAAUGUUCACCAUGUUGGUGCUGUUAACAAUGCUAAUGACUGGCAUAUGCACUCCUUUAAUCGGCAUCCUUUACAACCCAACAAGGCCAUACAUGGUAAAUAGAAGAAGAACCAUCCAACAUAGUGCUCCAGGGAAAGAGCUUCGCAUAGUAAUUUGCAUAUAUGAUGAAGAAAACGUAGCUGGUCUUAUUGAUCUUCUUGAGGUUUCAUAUCCAACAACCAAUAAUCCUUUCUCAAUCUAUGCUUUCCAUCUGGUGGAUCUUGUAGGCCGUGCAACUCCGCUUUUUAUAGAUCAUGACAAAUCAGACGAGUAUUUGAAGUAUACAGAACAUGAAUCAAUCUACAAAGCCUUCAAAAUUUAUCAAGAACCAAGGGAUGAAUUUGUGAAGCUCCAUUUCUUCACAGCUUUUGCAGCAAGACGAACUAUGUACCAAGACAUCUGCGCGUUAGCUUUGUCGAAUAGAUCUUCUCUUAUCAUUUUGCCAUUCGAGAAGGGAAAGAUAGAUGCCCUUUCAGGAACUGAAAUUGUGCGUCAUGGACAUGGACUUCAAUCCAUAAAUUCAAAUGUCAUAGAUCAUGCACCUUGCUCCGUUGGAAUUCUUAUAGAUAAGAGCCAUGUUCGCAACUCGUUUAUGGCUCAAAAUUUUCGACAAACAACAAGCAGCAAUUAUGUUAUUUUAUUUUUAGGGGGAGCAGACGCUCGAGAGGCACUUACUUAUGCAGAUAGAAUGGCUAUGAAUCCUGAGGUUUCUCUCUUGGUGGUAAGAUUCCUAGCAUAUAAUAAUGUGGGAGAGGAUGAGAUGGAGAAGAAGCUUGAUGAUGGAUUGGUGACAUCAUUUUGGGUGAAAAAUGAGAAGAAUGAAAGAGUGAUCUAUAGAGAGGUUCUGGUGAGGAAUGGAGAAGAAACACUGGCUGCAAUACAAGCCUUUCAUGGUAAUGCUAAUGACCUUUGGAUUGUGGGAAGGAAACAAGGAAUAAAUCCAGUUAUCCUUCAAGGAUUGACAAAUUGGAGUGAGAAUGAUGAAUUGGGAGUCAUAGGAGAUUAUGUUGCAUCUCAUGAUUUUGGUAGUACUGCUUCUGUAUUAGUAAUACAUCAACAAGUUAUGAAAGGCAAAGGGGCUACAACUGAAGCAUAA